AUGAUGAACACUGCCUGGUUUUCUCCAGUCAAAACCGUUAGAAGUGAAGGCAAACUGUUUGAUCUUGACUCCACCAGGCCAGUGGACCUUGUUCCUCACAGUGGUUUUGCUUUAGCUGGGUUGAGUUUAGACCCUGACCGGCCCUCCCUAAGGGUCCUGCUCUCUGACACAGCUAGCCUGGAAUGCUGCUACGAAGGUGGACCUCAGAAUUUCACCUGGGUCAAACUGAAUUCCACAUUUUCAUCUCCUCAGCAUGUGACCAUAUCGGAACCACACCAUGUGGUGAAAUAUAUUGAUACUGGUAGUAAACACUGUUGCACUCUGACCUUCAAGGAAGUCCAUCUGAAUGACACUGGGCUGUACCAGUGUUUGCUGAAACCCAGUGCUGUCUUCACACACGGCACCUACCUGCAGGUUUACAAAAUCAUGGAGAAGAUGGUAAACCUCAGCGAGAGUACCAAAAACACAAUCCUGACAGUUGAAGGAAUCCUUCUGCUACUGUGUGUGAUAGUACCUUCUGCUGCUCUUCUGUUCAAGUCUCAGGGCCUAAAAGAGCUAGAGAUGAAGAAAAUGAAGACCGAGGAGGAGAACAUAUAUCAGGGCCUAAAUCUGGAUGACUGUUGUACAACGUAUGAUCAGAUUGAGCGCUCCCAGGGUCUGGGUCAGUACCAGGAUGUGGUCAGUGGUAUGGAAGAAAGGGAAGAAAUUCAGCUGGAGAAGCCAUGAAG